CAUCUGUCUGAAGCCCAAAUACAUGGUCAAGCAAGGCUAUCCGUGCCCAACUGUAUUUGCGUGAUGGCUAGACGGUCGUAGAGAGGAGGUAAGAGGGAGACGACACUGGUCACGGUCAGGACCAUCAGUCAAUGGAUGACAGCACAGCAUUCGGUCGCAACCGCAACUUGCGCCAAGAGAAAACAGCACUUUUGGUCAACGUUUACCUACGACCCUCGGGUGCUGAAGGGAUGUGUGGGUUGGAAGUAUUAGGACACAUCUAGUCCACCUCUGCUCAGAGAGAACACAUCUAGUCCACCUCUGCUCAGAGAGAACACAUCUAGUCCACCUCUUCUCAGAGAGAACAUAGCGCUGUGUCUUCCACACACUGCCUGCCUGGGGAGACCAGCCACCACAUCCUCAGAGCAUUGGAUGCAGCUGGGUCAAAACCAGAGGAGAAGAGAGAAUGGCUUUCUGUGGUGCUGUGAUGAUGAGAGGAUAACGGGGCCAAGCACUGAGGGCCCUGAGGUGGACAGGCACAGUUGAAGCAGCAGGCCAGGGUUGAGCCAGGCAGGCAGUGGGCACCCACCGUCCAGGGACCAGGAGCCACCAUUUCUCGGGUGGUGUGGCCGGCGCGGAGGAGGGGCGCCGUGCGGAGGCUGGAGGCACUCUGGAUGAUGACCAGCCUGUUCCGCCGCCGCAACAGUGGUAACCAUGGUGACGUGGCAUCACACAGCGACAGCCCAGUCCCAGCUGAACUCAACAACGGUAAUCCCAGUGGGGGUGGGCGAACGGUGCGGCGUCUGGAGUUCAACCAGGCUAUGGAGGACUUCAGGACUAUGUUCCCCAGCAUGGAGCAGGAGGUGAUAGAGUGUGUGCUGCGGGCCAACCACGGAGCCGUGGACUCCACUAUCGACCAGCUGCUCCAGAUGAGCCUGGAAGGACACGGCUCUGAUGACGGCUCCGACUCAGAGGACAACAUCCCCCCUGAGAUCCUGGAGCGGACGUUGGAGCCGGACAGCUCUGACGAGGAGCCCCCGCCGGUCUACUCUCCGCCCUCCUAUGACAUGCACAUCUACGACAGGAAGUACCCAGAUCAGCCCCCUCCUGGUCCACACCCUCCUGCCAGUCAAAGGCAGAUUGGAAGUUACAGGAACUGGAACCCACCGUUACUAGGCAACCUCCCUGAUGAUUUCCUCCGGAUCCUGCCUCAGCAGCUGGACAGUCUGCCACGCUCUCACAGCAGCCUAACGCCGACUAGUCUGACCCAGCCCUCCUGCUCUUCCUCCCUGUUGUCCAUGACGCAGCAGGUUGAGCCUGGGGCUGGGGCGGCGGCCAGGGCAGGCCAGGUUGGCAUGGAGACGGACCAGGAGAGAAAGCUGAAGCAGUACUUGGAGGAUGAGCGCAUAGCCCUCUUCCUGCAGAACGAGGAGUUUAUGAGGGAGCUGCAGCGCAACCGCGAGUUCCUCAUCGCCCUUGAGAGAGAUCGGCUGCAGUAUGAGUCAAAGGCAUCCAAGUCCCAUCAUUCACCAGCUUUCAUGGGGACGUCCACUCCAGGAGAUAAUUGUGCCUCAGGCUCUGGGGAGGCCUGCACCAAUGUUACAGAUGACGCCUUGUUCCGUGACAAACUCAAGCACAUGGGCAAAUCUACGCGAAAGAAGCUUUUUGAAAUCGCUAGAGCUUUCUCUGAAAACACCCGAAGAAGAAAAACAAAAAGAAGGGCCCUCAUGAAACAUCAUUCACUGGGUAAUGCUGCCUCCACUGCCAACCUCUUGGAAGAUGAAGAAGCUGGACACCUGAGUGAGGAGGACAGCAUGCUCAAGAGACCAGGCCCUCAGGAAGAGGAGGUGCCCCAACAGGAAGUGUUAUCAUGAGUUGUCAUAUAGUUUUGUCUGUGACAAUGGAAGAACAAUAUGGCUCACACUACCCUCUUCUUGACCCGAACCAGCCUGUCCCAAGUCCCUUGGAAUAUUACUACCUUCAGAUGAAAUUUCCCAGUUAAUGAAGUCGUAAGUCCUGUUUUAGAAGUCAGAGCAAUUCUUCCUACCAAUGAGAUUUCAUCUAGCGCGAUGAGCUAGCUAACAUUGCUAAUGAUAAAGUUAGCUAGCUUGCUUAACUUUGACAAUAUGGUAAACUAGCUAUUAUCCACAUUGAUAAGUUUGACAGCGUCAAACAUUAAUUUGCUUUAUCAUCUUAUGGUUGAUGAAAGGUCAGUGAUGAAACGUCACAACUCUUAAAUUGGUUAUCUUCUCUGACUUUCACUCUUGGAAUUCCAACAUGGGAGGGUUGUUCAAGUGCUUAUUUCCCAGUCGGAACAUCGUAUUUCCCACUUGAGUAGCAUUUGAAGGUAGCAUAUUGCUCUUUUGAUUUAAUGUUUCAGAAAUCAUCAAACUAGCUAGUUAGGUACUUUUUAAAAUAUUUAAGUUAUAUGUCAAAUGUAUUGUUAUUGAUGGUGAAUAUUUAAAAAAUGUUAUGAUUAGAAAAACUAUAUUUAAAAUAUUGAAAUUAUUCCUGAUAAUUGCUGGGUGAUACAGUAAAGGCACAGUGAAAGCUGGAGUUGUAAUUCUGAUAGGACUCAGGACCCUAGUGCAUUUUACUCUCAUAUGAAUGGGUUUGAACAUGUCUAGCUCCGGAACAUUCAAACAGUUCAUUUCUGGCCCCAUGUGAGUUACUCUGUGUGCAACAGCGAAUGUUCUAGUUUAUGCUUCCCCCAAUGUAAUUAUAUUCUCCCAAUCUGAGACUAUACUCUCUACCAAGUUGUCUGCCUUAAGGUUCAACAACAAGGUCCAGAUAGGAACAUUUCCUUCCAUUGAUCUAAUGGUACAGUUGAAGUCGAAAGUUUACAUACAUUUAGGUUGGAGUCAUUUAAAACUCGUUUUUCAAC